GGACUGUGAGGGAGAGCUACAUGGAGCUGGUGCGAUCUGAGUACUCCAUGGUGGAGGAGUACAACAGCCUGGUGGGCGAGGAUGUCAGGCUGGACGAGCGCUACACAAAACUCCUGAUGAUACAGACUCACCGCAAGGUGAAUGAGAGGAUGGAGGAGCUGUGCUUCCGUGGAAGCAGGUUUCAGAACGUCCUGAAAAAGAGAGACAGCCCAGAGUUUCGGAGCACGAGUCUGGCAAACCUGUUUGAUCCUGACCCCCAGGGGAACAUUAGGAGAACUGUAAUAUUACAGGGACAGGCAGGAAUGGGAAAAUCUUUCACUGCGCUGAAAAUCAUGUCAGACUGGGCUUCUGGAAAACUUUACUCGGAUCGCUUUCAGUACAUCUUUCUCCUCAAGUGCCGACAGCUUAAUCUCAUCUCAAAGAAUGUAAGCCUGGCCGAUCUGAUACUAGACUGCAGUCCAAGUUUAGAGCCAGCAAUCCCUCAUAUUCUGUCCUGCCCGGACCAGAUCCUCUUUAUUUUGGAUGGGUUUGAUGAGUUGAAUCUGUCCCUAGGUGCUAAGGAACCUUCUGCUCAUGAACCGAAUGAGAAAUGUUCAAUUGAAGUCAUUCUGAGUAGCCUUUUACAGCAGAAGAUCUUAUCCAAGUCUUUUUUGCUAAUUACAACCAGGUCAAAUGUUAUAGAAAGGCUUAAAAAAGUGGUGAAAAAUCCACAGUUCACAGAAAUCCUGGGAUUUUCAGAGAAGGGCAUCGAGGAGUACGUUCAAAAAUUCUUUAAGAAUGAACGGCAAGCGGAGCAAGCCUGUAAGUAUGUGAGAGGAAGCAGGAGUGUGUUCACCACAUGUUUCAUUCCUGUCACGUGUUGGAUUGUGUGCACUGUUCUGAGGGAGCAUUUCGAGGAAGGGACAGAUAUAAAACAUGCUCUGGAGACCACCACUUCCAUAUUUGUGUACUUUGUUCACAUAGUACUGAAGCAUCAUUAUCAGAGAUCAAGCCUCCCUGCCCAGGAGCUUCUACAAUGCCUUGGUAAUUUAGCCAAAAGAGGAUUAUUCCAGAAACAAAUCCUGUUUGAUCAGAAAGCUGUAAAAGACGCAUUUCCAGAAGGCUCACACAUUCCAUCUUCUUUCCUGAAUAAAAUCUUACUGAAGAAGAUGAUCAGCUGCCAGACGGUGUACAGCUUCACGCACCUCUCCUUCCAGGAGUUCUUCACUGCGCUCUCCUACGUUCUCUGUGAUGAAGAGGAGGCAAAGGCGAAUGUGGCGGAGGUACUCAAAGAUUCCUCCACAAUUUCCAUAUUGGAUGGCUGGAACUGCUGGAACCCUGUUGUAUCAACUCUUCCUUUUCUCUUUGGCCUUUUCAAUCAGAAAACAAGAGUCUUCCUUCAGGAAGAGUUUAACCUUUCCAUUUCAACUGCAGUUCAAUCCCAGCUACAGGAUUGGCUGAAAGAGCGGCCUCAGCCAGAUGUUAUGAGCUUGCAGCUUGAUGCACGUAGUCAAAGUGACAACGUGCUGCACUGUUUGUAUGAGAUGCACAGCAAUGACUUGGUCAGGGAGGUGAUGCAGAGCUCGACAUCAAUAGCACUUUCUGAAAAUUCUGCACAAAGAGCAGACUCUUGGGUUGUGUCUUACUGCCUUCAGUACUGCAGACGCAUAGAAAGCCUUGAUCUCUCAGAGUGUGGCUUCACACCCAAGGAUCUGGAAAUACUGCUGUCCGUGCUGCCCAGGUGUGAAUCACUAAGACUGGAUGUGAGGAGUGUUGGAAAUGAAGGGGUUAAAAUACUGAACUCAGCUCUGAAAUGUCAAGAUUGCAGAAUUCAGACACUCAGUUUAAACAGGUCUGGCCUCACAGAUGCUGCUGUUGGUGACCUCUGUUCAGCUGUGCGUGGCAUGACAAAGCUGACUUGCUUUCGGAUGGAUUUUGAUGAGCUGUCAGACGAUAAAGUGGAAGAUGUCUUCUCAGCUCUCGGCACACGUCAGACUCUCUCGGUUGUGAAGCUGGUAAUGAACAGCAUUACAGAGAGGAAAGCCUCCAUCCUGGCCCACUUCAUUCUGAGCUGUAACAGCCUAAAGGAGAUUCAGUUUGAUGCUUAUGAUCACUCUUGCAAGUGUGAUGGUGAUGAGGAGGAUGACCCGUAUUACCAUGCAUUUGGUCCAGACUGGGAUCUCUCCGUCACCAUGCUACGGCCAGAUUUACCUGAGCAGGAAGUGAAGAUGAUGGUCGAAGUUGUGGAGAAUUCUGGAGCAAACCUCCUCUGUGGAGCGUUGCUGGGAGCAGGUUUCAGCAUACAGAGGUGCAGAAUGAGAAUCACAGACAAGAAGGACCUUUGCAGUGCAGUCAGCCUCCGGCAGACAGUCACUGAGAUGGAGCUGCAGCUGUUGCCUUUGACUGAGGAGCUUCCUCAGCUUCUGUCCUUCCUUCAGAACUGCCACAGCCUGGAGACACUGGCCUAUGAUCCUCGUCAGAUUUACGACAGCGAUGAACAGACUUGUUACUUGCUAAGUCCUUUUGAUGCGAAUGAUGUCAGUGUGAUUGAUGAGGGCCUGGAGAAGCUCCUUCCUGCCCUCAGCUCCAUCCCAUCUCUGUCGACCAUGAAGCUGUUCGGGGAAUUCUUCACAGAGAAACGAGCCAGCAUCCUGAAUGAGCUCGCCCGGAGUUGCCCUAAUCUUCGCAACAUCGAGCUGCAGCGAAACAGCAGCUACUCACCUGGAAAGGCUGCAGUUUGGGGUAUCCUCCAUCCCCCGAGCCGUUCUGCUGGAGGUCACCCGCUGCUGAUGUUACUUAAGGACUACCCUACUCUUCACGUCAGUGUUUUCCAUGAAAUAAUGGAAAAGGCGCAUUUUGUGUUGGAUAAAUUUGGGUUCUUUUUUAUGAACCUUGAUUGCAAAGACAUCACUGACUUGGACCUCAAUCUGAGGAUACACCAGUUCAUCGACACAUUUGUGUGCAGUGAGAGUGAUCUGUCUGCUGAGAAGAUGUUGCACCUGGGAGCAUUCCUUCAGAAAUCCACCAACCUGAAGAUCUUCAAGUGAGAAUGCUUUCAUGCCCCAUCCCUCAUGACCUGUCAUUUCUCAGCUUACUGCCAUUACAUUACAUUACAUUACAAUACAUUGUCUAAUUUGGGAUUUCAGUGUAAGCAGCCUUCAUCCUUCAUCAAAUUAAUUGCCAGUCAGAAAUGAAAGAUGCAGAGAUUCAACCAUUCUGGGGGGCCUAUUGCAUGCAGGGAAAUAUAGUUCCAUAUGACAUCUAUGUCAUAUAUCCUUAGGGCAACAGAUGGACAGCAUUCAACAAGUGUGAAAACAAACACA